AUGCCCCCAGCCCACCCUGCUCCCCUGGCUGUGCCGCAGGGCUCCCCGGGGCAGCCCAGGGUCGCUGCUGCCGGCAGGGGCAGCAGGCUGAGGCCGAGCCCGCGGCAGCAGCCCGGCCCCGCAGCUGCCUCCGGCCGGGCUGCAGGGCAGCGACUGCGGGGGGCUGCGGGGCGCAGCCGCUGCGCCUGGGGCAGCCCCGGGCCGGAGGAGCUGCGGAGCGGCAGGAAGCUGCUGUCCGGCCCCGGGCGCUGUGGCCCUGCCCCGGGGCGGCUCAGCACCGCCUGCCAGGCUCCGGCUCCGCAGGGAGCCUCUGCCUCGGCCCCUGCGGGCACAGCAGCCCUGGCAGGAGCCCAUGGGAGCCCUCCCCUGUGUGCCCCGACCUGCCUGCACCCACCCCUGGCUGCACAGACCGCCGGCUGCACCCACCCCCGGCUGCACCCACCCCGGCUGCACCCACCCCGGCUGCACCCAGCCCCGGCUGCACCCACCCCGGAAUGCACCCACCCUGGAAUGCACCCACCCCGGAAUGCACCCACCCCGGAAUGCACCCACCCCCAGCUGCACCCAGCCCGGAAUGCACCCACCCCGGAAUGCACCCACCCCCAGCUGCACCCAGCCCGGAAUGCACCCACCCCGGCUGCACCCAGCCCCGGCUGCACCCACCCCCGGCUGCACCCACCCCCAGCUGCACCCAGCCCGGAAUGCACCCACCCCGGCUGCACCCACCCCGGCUGCACCCACCCCCGGCUGCACCCACCCCCAGCUGCACCCAGCCCGGAAUGCACCCACCCCGGCUGCACCCACCCCCGGCUGCACCCACCCCCGGCUGCACCCAGCCCCGGCUGCACCCACCCCCGGCUGCACCCACCCCCAGCUGCACCCAGCCCGGAAUGCACCCACCCCGGCUGCACCCACCCCGGCUGCACCCAGCCCCGGCUGCACCCACCCCCGGCUGCACCCACCCCGGAAUGCACCCACCCCCAGCUGCACCCAGCCCGGAAUGCACCCACCCCGGCUGCACCCAGCCCCGGCUGCACCCACCCCGGCUGCACCCACCCCCGGCUGCACCCACCCCCAGCUGCACCCAGCCCGGAAUGCACCCACCCCGGCUGCACCCACCCCCGGCUGCACCCACCCCCGGCUGCACCCAGCCCCGGCUGCACCCACCCCCGGCUGCACCCACCCCGGAAUGCACCCACCCCGGAAUGCACCCACCCCGGAAUGCACCCACCUCCAGCUGCACCCAGCCCGGAAUGCACCCACCCCCGGCUGCACCCACCCCCGGCUGCACCCACCCCAGCCUGCACCCACCCCGGAAUGCACCCACCCCUGGCUGCACCCACCCCCAGCUGCACCCACCCCGGAAUGCACCCACCCCCGGCUGCACCCACCCCCGGCUGCACCCACCCCCAGCUGCACCCACCCCGGAAUGCACCCACCCCGGAAUGCACCCAGCCCGGAAUGCACCCACCCCGGAAUGCACCCAGCCCGGAAUGCACCCACCUCCAGCUGCACCCAGCCCGGAAUGCACCCACCCCCGGCUGCACCCAGCCCCGGCUGCACCCACCCCCGGCUGCACCCACCCCGGAAUGCACCCACCCCCAGCUGCACCCAGCCCGGAAUGCACCCACCCCGGCUGCACCCAGCCCCGGCUGCACCCACCCCGGCUGCACCCACCCCCGGCUGCACCCACCCCCAGCUGCACCCAGCCCGGAAUGCACCCACCCCGGCUGCACCCACCCCCGGCUGCACCCACCCCCGGCUGCACCCAGCCCCGGCUGCACCCACCCCCGGCUGCACCCACCCCGGAAUGCACCCACCCCGGAAUGCACCCACCCCGGAAUGCACCCACCUCCAGCUGCACCCAGCCCGGAAUGCACCCACCCCCGGCUGCACCCACCCCCGGCUGCACCCACCCCAGCCUGCACCCACCCCGGAAUGCACCCACCCCUGGCUGCACCCACCCCCAGCUGCACCCACCCCGGAAUGCACCCACCCCCGGCUGCACCCAGCCCCGGCUGCACCCACCCCCAGCUGCACCCACCCCGGAAUGCACCCACCCCGGAAUGCACCCAGCCCGGAAUGCACCCACCCCGGAAUGCACCCAGCCCGGAAUGCACCCACCUCCAGCUGCACCCAGCCCGGAAUGCACCCACCCCCGGCUGCACCCAGCCCCGGCUGCACCCACCCCCGGCUGCACCCACCCCCAGCUGCACCCACCCCUGA